AUGCUGCUCACCUUCAUGAAGGAGGACUACUGGCCGAAGGGUGUGGUGUACCGGCGUUACAGUGGCAGACUGCCGCCGUCAAUGGCAGUCCCACGGAAACUUUACUGCUAUUUAAUAUUUACUCUCAUAUUAUGUAUUCAUACAAAUGCAAAAAAUGAAACAGUAAAGAAAGUAUGUCCAAUAGUGCAGCACGGAAGCGGUCUCAUGGAAGACGAAGAUUGUAAUAAGGAUCUGGCUUGGUCCGAUACAGACUUGUUUAGUGCACCUAAUACCACUGCUGAAGUCACCACUACAACUGAAGAGUCGACGAGUUCGGAGACUACGACUCCAACGGCGGCCACUACUGAAACAACCACUAACGAGACCACCACUACCGAAGCCACCACUACAACUGAAGAGUCUACGACCUCGGAGACUACGACUCCAACGCCGGCCACUACUGAAACAACCACUAAUGAGACCACCACUACAACUGAAGAGUCGACGAGCUCGGAGACUAUGACUCCAACGGCAGCCACUACUGAAACAACCACUAACGAGAUCACCACUACAACUGAAGAGUCGACGAGUUCGGAGACUACGACUCCAAUGGCAGCCACUACUGAAACAACCACUAACGAGACCACCACUACAACUGAAGAGUCGACGAGCUCGGAGACUACGACUCCAACGGCAGCCACUACUGAAACAACCACUAACGACACCACCACUACCGAAGCCAUCACUACAACUGAAGAGUCGACGAGCUCGGAGACUACGACUCCAACGGCAGCCUCUACUGAAACAACCACUAAUGAGACCACCACUACAACUGAAGAGUCGACGAGCUCGGAGACUACGACUCCAACGGUGCCCACUACUGAAACAACUACUAACGAGAUCACCACUACAACUGAAGGGUCGACGAGUUCGGAGACUACGACUCCAAUGGCAGCCACUACUGAAACAACCACUAACGAGACCACCACUACAACUGAAGAGUCGACGAGCUCGGAGACUACGACUCCAACGGCAGCCACUACUGAAACAACCACUAACGACACCACCACUACCGAAGCCACCACUAUAACUGAAGAGUCGACGACCUCGGAGACUACGACUCCAACGAUGGCCAGUACUGAAACAACCAAUAACGAGACCACCACUACAACUGAAGAGUCGACGAGUUCGGAGACUACGAUUCCAACGGCGGCCACUACUGAAACAACCACUAACGAGAUCACCACUACAACUGAAGAGUCGACGAGCUCGGAGGCUACGACUCCAACGGCGGCCACUACUGAAACAACCACUAACGAGAUCACCACUACAACUGAAGAGUCGACGAGCUCGGAGGCUACGACUCCAACGGCGGCCACUACUGAAACAACCACUAACGAGACCACCACUACAACUGAAGAGUCGACGACAACCACUAACGAGAUCACCACUACAACUGAAGAGUCGACGAGCUCGGAGACUACGACUCCAACGGCAGCCACUACUGAAACAACCACUAACGAGACCACCACUACCGAAGCCACCACUACAACUGAAGAGUCUACGACCUCGGAGACUACGACUCCAACGCCUGAUGACAUAAUAGAUCAAAUUAUAGAGGAUAUACUUGACAUUUUGGAAAACGAGGAUGUCCCGGUCUAUGUGGAUACUAUCACAGACGCCUUUGAUCAGGUGAACGACCUUCUCGAUAUGGAAGAGGACGUUACCUUCCCUCCGGAAAUGCUGGAUAUCUUGGACACGUUGGGAUCCCGAAUAGAUCUGAAUGGUGCCCCGAACGAUACAAUAGUACGUGAUAAUUUGGCUCUACUGAUGGCAGACGCCUCCCCAGAUAACCCUGUUAGGGGCUUGAGACUAACUGCAGGAGGAGAAGGUAGAACGAGAAACUCAUUUUCUAAGGACACUUUCGAAUUUCUCUCUGAUGACGAUCCUGAUCAUUUGAAUGCUGAUGCAAGCGAUGCUGUAGUGCAUUUACCAGAGUCUGUAGCGACAUCUACAAGGCGUAUUAGUUUUGUUGUCUUCCGUGAUGACCAAGCGUUCGCCAACACUAAUUCUCGAUUAGCUGUCAACAGCCGAGUGAUCAGUGUUAAUGUGGAGAAUUUGACACAGUUCGAUAACGACGAGUUGGUAGACAUACAUUUGAGUCCUUUGCAUCUCCCUGAACAAGACAGGAGGCGAUCUUGCGGUUAUUGGGAGUAUCAAGAGGACAGCACUGGAUAUUGGUCGCAGGAAGGCUGUACCUUUAUUCCAUCAGAUAAUCCAACAGUUUUAGACACGUGUAGAUGCGAUCGGAUUGGACGAUUUGCACAAAUUGUGACAUCGCAACCAACAUUUUCUAAAUCUAACGAGAAUGCAUUACAAGCUAUUACUUUAACUGGUAGCAGUUUAUCUAUUAUUGGUGCUAUAUUUAUUGUAAUUACAGCUUUAUUGUUCAGAUCAUGGAGAUUAACUUUCCGUAAUCAAGUUUGGGUUCAGCUCAGCAUUGCGUUAUUUAUAUUAUCCGUUUGCUUCAUAGUCACUGCUUCUGUAAGAUACGUCGAAUAUAGUGUAUCAUGUUUACUCACUGGUAUAUUUAUGCAUUACUCUGUACUGGCCUCAUUUUGUUGGAUAUUAGUAGUGGCUGUAAUAGCAUACAGAGACUUAGUUAUAAUUUCAAGACAUGAAAAUACGCGAAAGAUGACAGUAGCGUCAAGUUUUUCUUGGGGAGUACCUGUAGUAUUAAUGAUGAUAUAUGCAUUAGCAGCUGAAGAACCGUAUGCGAUGCGUUUUGCAGAAAUGACACCUAGUGGAAGUUUCUGCUAUCCGUCGGGACUUGGUUUAUGGUUAUCAGUAUAUACACCCAUAGGUGUCAUAUUGUUGGCUAAUGUCAUUCUGUUCUUCUACAUAGUCGGAUACAUUUCCAGAAGCGUCUAUAUUCCGAAUGAAGAAAAUGCUAAGAAAGCCAUUAAAAGUUCUCGCAUAGGAUUUGGCCUUGUCAUUCUGUUCAGUUUGGCCUGGGUAUUUGGCAUUUUCGCUUACAAUAUUGUCACAGCCUAUCUAUUUACUAUCACAGUCACUAUACAAUGUUUCAUUCUGUUUAUAUUUGUAGUAUGUGGUGAUAAAGAUACGAGAGACCUUUGGCUUCAUAAAUUGAAAUUAAAAUCAGAUUCUACACACAACUCUCAACAUUCUAGACAUCUUACUUCAUCGUUUUAUUAA